GCUGGCAUUGAUCUACCGCCUGUUCUGCUGAUUUCCUGUUUCUUGAACCUGGGACUCAGACAGUUCACUCUCGAGGCUAUACGUAGUCGCGAGAGUAGGUCGUCUUUGGUCUUUGUUAGGCCUUGGUCGGAACCCAUUCUCUGGUAGCAGCAGUGUCAGUGUCAGUGUUGUGUCUGAUCUCUUUUGUCGUUGACCACAUGGUCGCGUAUAGAUUGGAGUCGUGGGCGCGUCCUUGAACGGUCCUUCGUCUCCAGCGCCGAGUUAAGAAGAUUUGCAGUUGUGUAUAUCAUAACAGAGAAGAGGAGACCCAUUCCAUCCAAGCCCAACUAGAGGAGAUCAGACUCUAGUCUCUAGACUCCAGCUCAAGCAACCACAACUGCUCGACAUCCUUCACCAUGGCCGACACACGCUGUGCAAACCCGGAACUACAAUUCGAUGUGGAUAUGAUGAUGCUCGAGUACGCCCUGUACCAUGCUACCAAGGCACAUCUCGACGCCUUGUCCGACGACUGUAUGGACCCAGACCAGGCCGGGGAAGCCAGUCGACUACUAUCCAUUUUUGAUACGUUGAUGCGACUCUUCAAUCUGAACCACGCAGGCUACGUCAAGUCGGGGGAGUUGUGCCUGGGACUCAAACUACUGGAAUUCCUCGUCUUGUUAUCCAGCAUCGCCAGAGAGGAUGACAAUCAACUACUACUACAACAACAACACACCUUCUCCGCCGCACAUCAGCAGGCAUUACGGUCUGAUGGAUUUCAAGCACUACGAAGUCGACGCGCAUGGCUCGCUGCCAGAAAUGCCGAGCCUAUGUCAUCGCAGGGCAGUUUAUCGCUUUACGUCGAGAAACAGAUCUACAAUGCAUGGACAGUCAAGGUCCGGCCUACAAACAACAAGCCCUCGUCAUCGUCACCCGUAUUCAAACCUGGCUUGUUCCAACUGAUCCCGCGCUUCAUGGACAUCUCCGGCGACAUCAUGGCCGCCAUCCGUCAAGACCCCAAUGAGACAUGGACCGAAAUCGCCGGCGAGUUCAUGUUACAAGCGAGUCUCGACUCCCUACGUAUGCAGAUCCCAGUGAGCAAAGACACUGCUUCUCCUGCUGGACCACGUCCACCUCGUCUCGAAGAAUGCUUCGCCUGGGGCUACGUACAAAACCCACCUGGCGACAAUGCAUGGCUCAUCAACGACUUGUUUCGCGAACACCCAGACAUAGAUGAUGACGACGACGAUGUGACUACUAGAUCCGACACUACUACUAAGACUAAGACCAAGACUCCUGCCGCAACAAUAUCUUCUCCAGUAGUCGAAACCCCAUUAUGGACCGAAACACGCGCACGAUUCCUCUCUGAAUUCCACAUCGCGGACGCAGCAUCAACGAGUUCACAGACCUGUCGACUCGAACGACUAGAGGCCAAAUAUCCGCCGGCGCAAUUCGUGCAGACUCUCGUGGGGUUUAUGCGGCAAAUUUGGGCCACCGUUUGUGAUGAUCAGAUGUUGGGCACGCCGUUGUUGGUUCAGAUUGAGGAGGGACAUUUGAAGAGUCUGGGUGUGCAAGGGGCGGCGUUUGAUGACUUUCUCGUCAGAGUGGGGCUGAAGCCUGAUUAUGGCGGUUUGUUGAAGUUGAAAUUGUGAAGUUGUGAGGAUUAGCGGAUGGAUCAAGAUAUAAGGACAUGGUCCUUUUCAUGGAACGGUUCAUUCCACCAGAGAGGUACAAAUCAUCACUAUCAACAUGGCCUGUCGAUUACAUAGGUCUCAGUAACGAAGUCAUGUCACUUUUAACAAACCAAAACGAAGAUCAAAAAACGACAAUGGAUGGAUGAUAUGACAUUAUUAUUCGUCAAGAACGUCAAAGUUAUUGUUACACAACAACAACGCAUAGGUUAUGAAUGGCGGAUAGCCUUGACUAAGGUAUCUACAAACCAAACCAA